CUGAAGGUGCUGCACCCACCGGAAACCUCCUGAGGGUCGCUGCCGCCGCGAAUUCGCUCUGUGGCAUCCAGUCCUGCCCUGUGAACCAUGCCGGGAUGGAGCCAGCGGCCACAGGACGCGCCGAGAGGACGUUCAGCUACGUCGUCAGGGCGCCCAGCGGCGACGGGUUCGAUGUCAUGAACGUGGACCUGAAGAUUGACACGGCCUGGAUCUUCCAGGACGCGGAGGGCGGUGAUGAGGAGUGGGGGUGUCUUCCGGAAGCCACCGCCGCUGGGGGGAGCCCGGACCUGGACACGGGAGUGCUCCGGGAGCAGCUGGAGUCCUCCGAGCAGAAGCUGCUGGCCGCCGUGGACAAGUACGUGAGGUCGGAGUCUGGGCUCAGGAGCAGAAUCCAGGAGCUGGAGCUGUCGGAGCGGAGGCUGCUGCGGAAGGUGGACCAGCUGCGCGCCCGUGUGUGCCAGGAGCGGAGCGCCUCUCUCCGGGCCCAGGAGCAGCUGGAGGCGCUGCAGGGGGAGCUCGCCAGCCAGGUUCUGGAGAAGGAGCGCGCGGCCCGGCGGCAGCGGUGGCGCCUGCGGCGGCUGCGGGAGCAGCUGCGGUACAAGGACGAGGCGCUGGGGCAGCAGACGGAGGCCCUGGAGCGCUGCCGGCGGACGCAGCGCCGCCAGCUGGGCCUGGCGCGCCAGCAGGAGCGGGCCCUGCGCGAGCAGGUGCGGCGGCUGGAGCGGGACGUGCGGCGCCUCUGCCGCGCCGCGGGUCUCCUGCUGGCGGAGCUGGACGCCCCGGCCCCGGGCCGUCGCCCGCCCCUGGGUCCGACCGGUUCCGGGCAAGCCCCCGAGGAGGCUGCGGCGUGGUGCGCCCUGCAGGCGAGGGCGGAACUCGGCGAGAGCGAGCGGGACGAGGCGGCGCGCAGGCAGCGGGAGCAGCGCGAGCAGCGAGAGCAGCGCGCCGCGGAGCGCAGCCUCCGCGUGCAGCUGGAGGAGCUUCGUUGCUACAUCUUUGAGCUGAAGCUGUCGGAGAUCGGCCUGCAGGGCCAGGUGGAGGACCUCACAGAGCAGAACAGGUGCCUGCGAGAGGAGCUGGGAGCCCGGGCGCCCGGGCAGACAGUGCGCAGCGUGGCCGCCGCUGGUCCCUGCAGCCCGGACGCCCCGGGCCGCAUUCAGGACGAGUGGCUGUCUCUGCCUCGGGAGGAGGCGCUGGAGGCCCGCAGACGCCCCGGCCGGCCGACCUCUCCCCACCCCGGCGGCGCCCCGGGACCGGGGCCCUCAGCAGGCCAGCCCGCCGAGGGGCCCCACACCUGGGGCAGCAUUGGGGUGGGAGGAGGCCCCUCUGUGUUGGUGCCAGGCCUGGAGACCCCGGCUGGCCUCCUGGGACACCUGGUGGGACCCGCCCUCGGACAGCCCCCUCCCGCUGAGCCCCGUUGGCACGAACAGACACUUCUGCUCAUCGGCGGCUGCCACCCUGGGGGGCCAUGCCCGGCCGGCCCCCUGCUGCCCAUGGAGCUGGCCUGGAUCCCGGAGCAGAGGCCAGCGACCACCCCAGCCCGGGAGCCCUGCCUCAUGCUGCAGAUGCCCACGACCCCUCCCUGGGGGCCCGCCGGGGACCUGGCUGCCCUGCUGCUCCAGGGGGCGGCCCCGGGACAGCUCUGGAUCCAGCAGGUGCUGGACGCCGGGCCCUUGCCGGCUCCCACAGCCACGGGACAGCGCUGCUGGCAGCACCACCAGACUCGGAGCCAUGACGCCCCGCUCUCCGAGGGGUCCCCGCCGACGUCAUACCACCGAUGUCCUCGGGCGGGGCCCAGGGACCUCAACAGCCUUUGGAAGGAGGGAGGAGGAGCCCCCGAGUGGAGGCCCGAGGAACGGGGGUCCCGGAGGACUUGGGGCAGGAAGGACGAAGACCUUGGCGACAGGUGCCAGCGGCAUCAGGAAGGCCACGAGCAGCCGAGCGUGGAGGGUGGCGCUGGGGGACCGGAAGGCCUAUGGAGCCCACCCAGGGCUGCAGCACCCCAGGCCGCUGCCUCCUGCACAUGGCCCAGGCGGGAGCCCCACCUGCCUCUUCCUCGGGGUGGGAGCUCCGUGUCCACGGAGGGUCCCGAACCCCCAACUGGGAGGCAGGCGGCGGAGGAGCGAGUCUGGGGCCUCCUGGGGGGGCUUCCCCUCUCGGAGGAGGAAGGAGCGCCCCCAGCCAGCUCUGUCAGAGCUCCUGGCGCCAAAGGACCGUCACCUAUCGGCGCUUGGUUACUUGAGGAGGAGGCCAGGGGCCUCGGGAGCGUUUGGGGCCAGGAGGAAAGCCGCGUGUGGGCUGGAGACGCUCUGUUUCUGCUUGGGGAGAGCCCGGAGGACAGGGGGCAAGGGCAGGCGGAGAAGGUGCUGUGUCCGGCAGGGUCCAGCCCAGGCUGCCCAGAGCUCCCGGAGGAGCCCGGCUCUGAGGAACAGGAGGCCCAGGAGGUGCUCUGCCUCGUGGCAGAGGGAGGCCUGCCACCGUUUCCCACGUGCGCCCUGUCUCCCGAGGGGGGCGAGCCCACCCGUCCCCCAAGGGCUCCGGGCCAAGGACACGGCAGCUCGGUGCCCACGCUGGACGCGUUGGCAGAAGAGAUGGAGGCUUGCUUCCAGCAGCUGUGUGUCCUGAAGCUCGGGACUGGGGGUCGCGGGGGGGCACCUUCCAUGCUGGCAGGAGGGGAUGGGCGCUGGGAGCUGGCGGACCCUUGGCAGGCGCUGGCCAGCCAGGGCUUGGAGACUCGUCCUGCGAGGGAAGGCGAUGCCAAGGAGAGGCACGGAGAUGCGAAGCCGGGGGAGGCCCUGGGAGCCGGCCAGGUCCUUCCAGAGCUGGGGCUUGACUCAGGGGAGCUGCUCCUGGGGCCAGGGGAGCCCCCCGAGCUGGGCCUGAGCCUCGGGGAGCCCUCGGCGGCCCUGGAGAGGGCCAGGAGAAGCCUCCGUCGGCUCGUGUCCGGGCUGGAGGAGGAGAGGAGCCAAGUUCUACAGGACAACCUCAGGCUGCGGAGAGACCGGGAGAGAUGCCACCAGAGGAUGCGCGCCCUCCAGAGGGAGGGGGAGAGGAGCGCGACCAGGGCCUGCACGCUUGCGCAGGAGAACGGGGCGCUGCUGGGGGACGUCGGCCGCCUGCGGAGGGAGCUGGACCAGUACCUCCAGGUCAUCGCUGACCUGGAGGACUGCAACGGGAAGAGCUACGGCAAGAUCUCGGAGCUGGAGGAGGAGAACGGCACGCUGAGGGGGUGCCUGGGCCAGCUGCGCAGAGCCACGGCGGAGAGCGCCCGGAAGUGCAAGGGCGUGGUGCGGGCCGUCACGCGGGAGAACCGGGAGCUCAAGGCGCUCAUCUCGGAGCUCGGCGUCAGCUACCAAGGGCUGAUCCGGGACGUGGUGGUGGGCAUCGAGGACGUGGUCCGGGCCCUGAGGGGGGAGAACGCCCGCCUUCUGCACCGGAUCCGGGUCCUGGAGAGGGAGGUCGCCGUGCGCGUGAGCAUGAGUGAGGAUGGCAGGCGUUUGCAGGCGGCUCAGGGCAAAGGCAAGGUGGUGGCAGACAAGGCGAGUGUUGUGGAAAGGGCCGUGCAGGUGACUCAGCUUCCAGAGCCCCCGGCACCCGGAGUCCUCGGGUCGCCCCUGGAAGAGGCACAGGGUCCGGCUGCAGGGUGGACGGGGCCCACCCCGGGCACAGAGAAGGCCGGAUGCCAAGCUGAGUCUGCUGUCCCGUUGCCGACUGGGACAGACGCCGGCACACCGGGAGACCUCGGUGGAGCGGCAGCGCACUCGGCGUACCCGGAGAAAGAGGAGGAGAGGCUGCAGCAGCCUUUGGACCGAGGGCCGGCUCGGAGGUCCCUGUGCCAGGGCCCCCAGGACCCGGAGGCCACGCCCUCGGAGGAGGAGGAAGAGGACCCCGGGCUGCGCGUCCGGCGGCUCCGCCACCAGGUGCUGACGCUGCAGUGCCAGCUCCGGGACCAGGCGUCCGCGGGCCGGGAGCUGCAGGCGGCUCGCGACGAGGCCCUCCGCCUCCGGGACCAGCUGCAGGCCCAGGUGGAGGACCUUCAGCAAAAGCAACAUGAGGCAAAUCUGGCGGUGACCCCCUUGAAGGCCAAGCUGGCUUCCCUGGUGCAGAAGUGCCGGGACCGGAACCAGCUGCUGGCGCACCUGCUGCAGGAGCUGCGCGGACGCGGGGCGGCCGACGCCCUGCUCUCCGAGGCGGUGCGUGGCAUGGUGGACGACGUGGCGCUGGCUGAGUACGCGGCCGCCUUCCUGGUGCCAGGGCUCCCGGAGACCAGCCACCGCCCGGACUUCCAGCCUGAGGAGGCGGCGGCUGUGAGAGCUCAGAAGUAUCUCCUGAACCCUGAGACGGACAGCGUCCCCCCGAGACCUGCGCGCGCUGAGUCCCAGCCCCUCGCUGAGGCUGCGUGGCCGGCACAGACGGCUCCACCGGCUUCUCUGGAGCUCCCUCUGCCUCCGGGGCCCACCCGGGAUCCGGGACCAUACCCGGCCGUGGCCACCCCGACGUCAGGACUCCCUGCCCGGCGUCUGCACGGAGGAGGAGAAGGCGGAGUGGCCCCCCCGCCCCCCCCAGCGGCGGGCCUGUCGCCGCCCUCCGGGCUCCGGGGCCCCGCGAGGAUCCUGGCCUUCCACAGAGAGCUGCAGCACAGCAUCCGCAGCGGUUCCCGGGCCCAUCCAUCACCGCUGGAGCCGUAAAUCCAGCAGGACCGCUCGCUCGCCGGGGCCGUGUCCCGGACUCCAUGAAUAUUUGAAGCGGAGCCUUCAGAGAGCGCUUUAAGAAAUCGGCAGCAAUCAAAGUCCGCGCUCAGUGGCGAGUGGCUUUGCCUUCGGCGCCGGGGUUUCCGUGGCUGUCGGAGCUGGGGAGGAGAAGGGGUGGGCGCCUCGCAGACCCUGAGGGCUUCAGCCGUGGCAGGCGCCCAGGCGGCACAGGGAACACUUACGGAACCCACAUUGGGUGGCCGGCCCCGCGGUGCCCCCCCCGCCCCCUGGGCCUGGUUUUGUCCCCGCAGAGCCGCCACACUUGGCGGUGUCUGCAGACACUGCUGUCGUCACACCUGGGAAGCUGCUGCUGGCAUCGAGUGGGCAGACACGGAGGAUGCUGCUGAGUGCCCCCCAGUGCACGGGCGGCCCCCAGAACGGAGAACGGCCCCGCCCAGCGGCCGGCGUGCUGGGGGGCAGUGCCUCGGACGGGUCUGGCAGCUCCGAACAGAGUCAACCGUUUCGUUCUUCCCCUGUCCCUGGGACCCACCCCCGGAUUUUAAAAGAUUUUUUGUCUACCAAAUGAAAUGCUUGAUUUAAGUAAUUCUAUAUUUUAAAUUUUAAAACAAUAAAACCAGUCAGAACUUU